CCAAAUUGCCCAAACUGUGAACAUGAAUGAACGUGCCGCGGACAAGGAAACAACAGAAGAAUAGAGGAUAGUGUCGAAUAAUUCAUAAAAGUCAGUUGGUGUAUCCCACGAAAAUAACCAUAUUGAUAUAUUCGCAAACAAAAUAUCACCAACGAAAAUAUUAUCGAAAAAAUAUACACAAAUAUCCAUAUUCGAUAUAUCAAUAUGUAUUCAACUUUCGAAACUCGGCGCGAAUAAUAUAUCCGAGAAAACGUCCGCAUCCAGCCGCAUUGUCAUCCGCAUCCGCGUGUACGUGUACGUGAGUGCCAAAAUCUGUGUGUUUUGUGUGUGUGUGUGUUUUCGCGUAUUUUGUUAACGUUUUUUGUGUGUUUUGUUCUGACCCUAACCGAAACCCGUAACCCGAAAUCCGAAAUCCGAAAUCCGCUUCACCAUUCCCUUCCCUUCCGUUCCUACACGACCCACGACUACCUUUGUUGUAGUUUUCUUGAUUUGCGCAAAGUAAAAAAGAAGGAACUUUUCAUAUUUAUAAUUUGUUGCUCAUUUGUUUUUAUUGUGACCAAUUUUUUUCAAGUGUUGGAAAGUGCUCAAAACAAAGAAGAAAAGAACCACGAAAAGAAAACCCGAAAUUCAAGAUAAAGAGAGAUAGAAAGAAAGGAGAAGAAAAUUACAAGAAAGAUUCCUUCCAAAUGACAAAACAGCGACAGAGGCCGAACAGAAGCAGCGGCAGAAGCAGCGGCAGCGGCAGAAUUGCAUCAAUUAACGGAUUACAACAACAACAACAUAUUUUCGGAUAGAAAAAUCAACGGGGAACAAGGCAGCGACUGCGGCAGAACGCAGCAGCGACAGCGGCAGCAGCAGCAGCGCAGCGCAGCGCAGCAGCAAACAGCGUCGCGUCUCAACGACCAUUUGGACCCUCAACGAAAAAACCAGCCACAAAACAAAAAUAUGCCAAUGAAAACUAUGUGAAAACCAUCGACAAAGAACCACGAAAAUAGGAAUUCGAAUAACGAAAUCGAAAGGAUACUCGGAGGAUCGGAUCUGCAGAGGAGGAUCGUUCAUUGGGAAGAGGAGGAGAGAAGAUACUUUCAGCUCCCGGUGCUCCAGGCGGCUGGCUGCGAGGCUGUAAUGCCACCGAGGCGCCCCCACGGGCCAUGCCGCAUGCCUCAGCGAUGACGUUGACGACGACGAUGACGAGGGCGUGGCACUGAAGCGGAGCGGAGAGGAGAGAGGGAAAGCCCUUUCGGAUGAUUCAUGAUGCGAGUGCAAAUGAAAUGCAAACGUGGCCAAUAAUAGUGAUAAAUAAUAAUAAAAAAAUAAUUAAUGCAACAUUGCAACAUAAUUAACGCGAAGAACAGCAAACAAAUUAAAAAUUCACCAUAAAUAUUCGUGAGUGAAGUGCUCGCUCGCUUCACGAAACCAGAACCAUUAUUCCCCUGAAAUACUACAGUGAAAACGCUGACAGAAGGACCCGAAAAGCGAACGAGGACGAGGACGAGACCGAAACCGAGAACGUGGCGCAGCGCGAUACCAAAAUGACUAUGAAAUCGAUGAAGUACUCCGAUUGUGAUACCAUUAUGGAUGGCUAUAAUCCGGUGCCGCCGCCACUGCCACGGCGCGUGCCACCCGUUCGCAACAUUUACGCGGAGCCCUUUGCCCAUGAGCCGAACCAUUCCAGCAGAUUGGGCGGCCACCCACAACAGAUGCCACAAAGUAUGUCAACUGGCAGCAACACAAUCGGCCAUGGCGGCAUCGAUCGCGGUGGCGUCGUCAUGCCCAUGGGCGCCGGCACAAUGCCCGUCGGUGUGGGCGGCGUGGGUCAAGUGGGCGGCGGCGUUGGCGUCGGCGGCGGCGGCGGUGGUCCCAAUGCCAACGUCGGGCCACCGGGCAGCGGCAAUGGGGGACCCCAUUGCCAGAUAAGCGGCUCACAGCCGUUGGUCAUGCCCGGAUUCCCAUUGCGUAAUUCCCACUCAACGCAUGCACCGCAUUAUUCGCCAUAUUCGCCAUCCAGGUUUCACAUAGAUAAGCGCUGUCAGCACCGAUGUUCCUGGAAAUGCUUGAGCAUCGCCUUAAUAUUCGUAUCCGUCGUCCUAACCGCCAUGUUGGCAUACUUUGCAGCUGUCAGCUCGAUGAAGCCGAACAUGGACAGCACCAACUGCAUCCUAGUCCAGGACGUCAAGUCGCAGCCGCACGAUCUGCGCGGUGGGCCGGGGGGCAAGGCGAACGACAAGAGCGGAGGCGGGGCAACCGCCUAUCCCACGGAGGAAUCGAUACAGACCAGCACCUCGGACCACGGCAGCAACGGACACGGACUCAAUGGAGCGGCGGGAGGGGCCGGCGGUGGCGGCGUCGGAGGCGGGGCAACGGGCAUUCAGCAGCAGUUGCUGCUGCAGCAACAGCAGCCGCACUCGAUCAACCAGCCGCUGACGCCGAUGGACGCGACCAACACCCAGCUGCAGGACCACCAACUGACCUACGGAGGCGGCAUCGGCAACGGCAUGGGCAUGGGCCCGGGCUCCCUGAACGGCCAACAGCACAACAUGCUGCUGGCCCAAGCGGGCGGCGGCGGGAUGCACCACCACCAGGCGCUGCAGCCGCAGCUGGGAGGAGGCCAGUGGCCGCAGGUCGUGGAGCUGAAGGAGUUCAACGAGGUGUACCACGCCAAUAUACCGGCCUACCAGUUCUGGACCUUGGAGUUCCGGAACAAACAUCCGGCCUUCAUUCGGUUCAACUUCACGCUGCCGUGGGGCGCCCACUUUGCCGUCUACUCGCGCCGGAACGUGGCCCCGUCGGUCACCCAGCACGACUUUGUGGAGUUCAUCAAGGGCGGACGUCUGGACAGCCAUCUGCGGCACCGUCGCAGCCCCCCGGGCAAUGCCUCCUCGAUCGCCGGCAAGGACUGGGACGCCGUGUACCUCGACGAGCAGCAGCAGCACCUCCAAGAGCGGUUCACGCCACGACCAAGCCCCCAGUUCAGCUACGAGGAGCAGGACCCCGAUCUGAUGGAUGACAGCAACGACGACCCCGACCCCGACUCCGACUCUGGCGAGUUCUUCGAUGUCGAGACGCCCCUGGACACGGCCAAGCACCUCCAGCGACAGAUCCACUUUCAGCAGCAAAAUCCACAGUACGCGCAGCACUCGCAUGAGGUCAAGAAGCGCUCGGCGGUGGAUGGCGGCGGCCUGCCCGCCCUCGACAUGGACGCGAUGACGGUGAACGUGUCGCUGCUGCAGUAUCUGGACACCGGGCUCUGGUUCAUCUCCGUCUACAACGACGAGCUGGUGGCCCACUCCGUCUCGCUGCUGGCCGAGGAGGCCGAGGGCGUCAGCACCACCUGCCCCAACGACUGUUCCGGUCGCGGAAGCUGCUACCUUGGAAAGUGCGACUGUAUCGAUGGCUACCAAGGCGUUGACUGUUCCAAGAGCGUUUGUCCGGUGCUGUGCUCGGCGCAUGGCCACUACGGCGGCGGCGUCUGCCACUGCGAGGACGGCUGGAAGGGGGCCGAGUGUGACAUUCCGGUGGGCGAGUGCGAAGUCCCCAACUGCUCCAGCCACGGACGAUGCAUCGAGGGCGAGUGCCACUGCGAGCGCGGCUGGAAGGGACCGUAUUGCGAUCAACACGACUGCCUUGAUCCGCUGUGCUCGGGGCACGGCACCUGUGUGGCCGGACAGUGCUACUGCAAGGCCGGGUGGCAGGGCGAGGACUGUGGCACGAUUGAUCAGCAGGUGUACCAGUGCCUGCCCGGCUGCUCGGAGCACGGAACCUACGACUUGGAGACGGGCCAGUGUGUGUGCGAGCGCCACUGGACGGGACCGGAUUGUUCACAAGCUGUUUGCAGUCUGGACUGCGGGCGGAACGGGGUGUGCGAGUCCGGUAAGUGCCGCUGCAACACUGGAUGGACGGGCAACCUCUGCGAUCAGCUGCCCUGCGAUGCUCGAUGCUCGGAGCACGGCCAAUGCAAGAACGGGACCUGCGUCUGUUCCCAAGGAUGGAAUGGCAGGCACUGCACCCUGCCUGGCUGCGAGAACGGCUGCUCACGGCAUGGACAGUGCACCCUGGAGAACGGCGAGUACCGAUGCGACUGCAUUGAGGGAUGGGCUGGCAGCGACUGCUCGAUAGCCCUGGAACUUAACUGCAAGGACAACAUUGACAACGAUGGCGAUGGGAUGACCGACUGCUCGGACAGCGAGUGCUGUUCGCACCCGGCCUGCUCCGAGCACAUUAUGUGCCUCUCCUCGAACGAUCCCGUGGAGGUGCUGCUCCGCAAGCAGCCGCCCUCGGUGACGGCCUCUUUCUACCAGCGCGUCAAGUUCCUGAUCGAGGAGAACUCCGUGCAGUCGUACGCCCACAUGGAUGAGUACAGCGAAAAUCGCGUGUCUGUGAUGCGAGGUCAGGUGAUCACUCCUCAGGGACUUGGCAUCGUCGGCAUUCGUGUCUCCGUAGAUCGGGACUCGCGCUUCGGGUUCACCCUCACCCGCCAAGGAGGCUGGUUUGAUGUUCUCGUGAAUGGCGGAGGAGCGGUCACCCUACAGUUCCAGCGAUCCCCGUUCCGCCCCUUGACGCGCACCGUCUUUGUGCCGUGGAACCGCAUCGUAGUCCUGCCGCCCGUCCAGAUGCAAUUGAGCGAUGACGACGAGACCACCAGUCGCAACAUCAAGGUGGCGCCACUGAAUCCGGCCUUGACGUUCCUCAACUCCAUCCACUACCACACGGCGGAUGAGGCCAAUGAUGCCAGCAAGGUGUGCAUGGACCACGACCACGAGAAGCUGCGACCGCAGCUGAUCAGCACUUGGAUGCCCAAUGGCGUGGGCGCCAUGCCCGGCAAGCGGGUUAUCUUUGCCGAGACCCAGAUUGUCCAGGAGUCCAUACAGAUACCCGGCUCGGACCUGCACCUCACCUACCAGUCGUCGCAGGCAUCGGGCUACCUGAGCAUCGUCCGCAUGCGACUGACCUCGGAGACGAUACCCACGACCCUGACCCAUGUGCACGUGGGCGUGGAGAUCGAGGGGGCGCUGCACGUGAAGACGUACGAGGCGGACCCCAACCUGAUCCACACGUUCGCGUGGAACAAGCGCAACGUGUACCGCCAAAAGGUGUACGGCGUGACGAUCGCCCGGAUAUCGGUGGGCUACCAGCACACCACCUGCCAGACGCCCGUCUGGAUUACCCAGACAGCCAAGCUGCAGGGCUACGACGUGGACAUCUCGGACAUUGGCGGCUGGGGGCUGGACAUCCACCACCACUAUAACUUCCACGAGGGGAUCCUGCAGAAGGGCGACGGCAGUACGCUGCACAUGAAGGAGUACCCGCGCACCGUCAAGGUGGUGAUGGGCACCGGCCUGCAGCGGCCCCUCAACUGUCCAGACUACUGCAAUGGGGUGGCCAAGGACGCCAAGUUGCUGACUCCCAUCGCCCUGGCCACCGGCCCCGAUGGCAGCCUCUACGUGGGCGACUUCAACCUGGUGCGCCGCAUCACGCCCGACGGCAAGGUGUUCACCAUCCUCCAGCUGAGCGCCACCCAGGUCUCGUACCAGUACUACCUGGCCGUGUCGCCCGCCGACGGGCACCUGUACAUCUCCGACCCAGAGCGCCACCAGAUCCUGCGUCUGCUGCGCCUCGAGAAAGUCAAGGACCCGAGCAUCAACAGCGACCCGGUGGUGGGCAGCGGCCAGCGGUGCAUCCCCGGCGAUGAGGGCAACUGCGGCGACAGCGGACCCGCCCUAAUGGCGCGACUCUCCCACCCCAAGGGGCUGGCAAUUGCCGCGGACCGCACGAUGUAUAUCGCGGACGGCACUAACAUCCGGGCCGUCGACUCCAAGGGCAUCAUCCACACCCUGAUCGGCCACCAUGGCCAUCACAACCACUGGAGCCCGGCGCCUUGCACCGGCACCCUAAUGGCCAACCAGGCACAGCUCCAGUGGCCCACCGGCCUGGCCCUCAGCCCCCUGGACGGGUCGCUGCACUUCAUCGACGACCGCCUCGUGCUGCGCCUCACCUCGGACAUGAAGAUCCGCGUGGUGGCCGGCACCCCGCUGCACUGCAGCAACAACGGACAGGACAGCCGCGUUAACAAAACUGCCACCGACAACGUCCUAGGCACCGUGCUGGCCAUGGCCUUCUCGCCCUUCGGCGCUCUCUACAUAGCGGACAGCGACUCGCGACGCAUCAACUCCAUUCGAGUGGUGGACACGGCUGGAAACAUGAGAUACUUUGCCGGCAAGCAGGAGGGCACUGGCUCCCAGACCUGCGAGUGCGCCAUUGGCACGGGCAGCAACGGCAGCUCGGCCUCGGCCGGACUAGGCGGGGCCAGUGGUGGCGCCUACUCGACGACCGUGAACCCGACACGCAAUAAUGGCGGCACUACCCCGACGACCCCGGCGGGCGGAAACGGAAACAACGGCAGCGCUUCUGCCUCCACCUCGCUCCCCACGGGCAACGGCAGCUCCGCGGCCUGCAUCUGUCCUGGUGGCAUCGGCAUCGGCACGCUCUCAGGCUCUGGCUCUAGUUCCGGCUCCGGCGCGGGCACCGGCAACGGCGGCGGUACCCUGGCCAGCAUCGUUGGUGGCGGCAGUCUCAUGUCCACCGGCCCCACCACUACCACCACCGUGCUCCUGGGAGCGAAGACCACGGCCUCGGGCAUCGGCAGCGGUGCGACCCUUAACGACGACGGAACCCUAAGCAACGCCGAGACCCUGCUCUCCUCGAACGCCCGCUUCCAGGCUAUCUCGGCCAUUGCCGUGGCCCAGGACGGCGUCAUCAAUGUGGCAGAUCAAGGAUCCUUGCAUGUCUUGGCCUUGGAGCAUUAUCUGCCGUCGCACGACGAAAACGGAGAAUUCCACAUUCCGUUCCCGCCGUCGAGCGAGAUCUACGUGUUCAAUAGGUACGGCCAGCAUGUGGCCACCAAGGACCUGACCUCGGGCAAGACGCGCUACAGCUUCCUGUACUCGAAGAACACCAGCUUUGGGCGCCUGUCGACGGUCACGGACGCGUCGGGCAACAAGAUCCAGUUCCUGCGCGACUACAGCAAUGUCGUGAGCUCCAUUGAGAACACGCAGGACCACAAGUCGGAGAUCCAGAUCAACGGUAUCGGCAUCAUGACCAAGCUGAGCGAGAAGGGGCGCCAGGAGAUCGAGCUGGACUACGACAGCAACACGGGCCUGCUCAACUCGCGCUCCUCCGGCGGCGAGACGUACAUCUACCAGUACGACGAGUUCGGGCGCGUCACGGGCAUGAUCCUGCCCAGCGGCGAGAUCGUGCGCAUCACCUCCCAGCUGGCGGACAACAAAGGACUCACCAUCUACGUGCACGCCUCCGUGGAGUCGCUCUUCUCCCGCGAGCGCGUCGUCGGCGUCGAUGCCAACGAACUGCUCGUCCUCGGCAGCGUCCGAUCCACCUUCCUGAAACGCGGCCUGGCCCACGCCGAUGCGGAGCUGAAGGCCAACAACACCCUGGUCAUCCACGGGGCCAACGGAGUGGUGGUCGAGGCCUCUGCGGUGGCCCGGCACCCUCUGCUUGAGGCCGCACUGCCCGUGGAGGCGGAGAUGCUGGCCAUGUGGUCGCACCAGAGCGUCACCAUGGGCGACGGGCUGACCAACUCGAUGUAUUCGGUGUACAACCUGGUGGGCGAUGUCCGCAAUCCCCAGCAGACACUCAACCGCGAGAUCUGGGUCAACCAGUCGCGCGUGAUCGGAGUGGAGUUCGACCAGUUCACCAACCGUGAAACCUUCUACGACGGCCGACGCACGCCCAUCCUGAUCGUGGCCUACGAUCAGUCGGGACUGCCCAAGUCCUACUACCCCACCAAUGGCUAUCCGGUGAACAUCACCUACGACCGCUUCAACCGCGUCGAGGGCUGGGCCUGGGGCCCUGCGGAGCUCAAGUACAGCUACGAUCGGCACGGCCUGCUCUCGGAGAUCACCUCGCAGCAGGACGGCAUCAUCUCGUUCGUGUACAAUGACUGGAACCUCGUCUCCGAGAUCGGACUCGCCAGCCAGCGCAAGUUCGUGCUGCAGUACGACGACGCUGGCGGCCUCCGGCACGUGGUCCUGCCCUCGGGCACACGCCACAGCUUCAGCAUGCAGACCUCGAUCGGCUUCAUCCGCUGCACGUACACGCCGCCGGGCAGCACCCGAGCCUACCUCCAGCACUACAGCCACGCCGGAGCCCUGCUCCAGACCAUCCUUCCCGGGGACGGUGCCCGCAUCGUUUACCGUUACAAUGCGGCCGGCCAGCUCACGGAGGUGGUCCACGGGGACGGACGCAGCGAGUUUCAGUACAACGAGGCCAGCGGCAUGCCCAGCACGGUGUCGCACGCGGAACGGGAGCUGGAGUAUCGCUGGGACUUUGAGUACGCCGCCGGCCUCCUCACCGAGGAGCGCAUCGACUACGUGGCCAAGACGGGGCUGAGCAACGCCAAGUUCAGCUACGAGUACGACAGCCAGCUGCGGGUGGUGGCCCUGCAGGGCCGCAUCGGGGGCCAGAGUCUGCCGACGCAGGCCUUUGCCUACGACCCACGCACCGGCCAGCCCAGCCUCAUCGGGCAGUUCAAGUUCACGCGGCCCGCCCUCAACCAGACGCAGCUGCACGACGGCACGGCCAGCUUCACGCGGACCGUGGACGGACGCUUCCAGACACAGCGCAUGGCCCUGGCCAUACAUCGGCUGGAGGUGUUCCGCAUGGAGUUUUCGUACGGCGUGCACGGCCGUAUCUCGCAGACGCGAACCUACACCCGGAACAUGGCCGUGAACAGCUACACGAACGUGAAGAACUACACAUGGGACUGUGACGGGCAGCUGGUGGGCGUGGAGGCGCAGGAGCCAUGGGGCUUCCGGUACGACGACAACGGCAAUCUGCUCUCGCUCACCUACCGCGGCAACACGAUCCCGAUGGAGUACAACGCCCAGGACCGCAUCGUGAAGUUCGGAGAGGGCCAGUACAAGUACGACGCCCGCGGCCUGGUGGCCCAGAACGCGCGGGAGGAACGCUUCCACUACAACACGCAGGGCCUGCUGGUGCGCGCCUCGAAGCGGGGUCGCUUCGACGUCCGCUACUACUACGACCACCUGAAGCGGCUGACCACGCGCAAGGACAACUUCGGGAACGUGACCCAGUUCUUCUACACGAACCAGCAGCGACCCUACGAGGUCUCGCAGAUCUACUCGCCCCGCGACGGCAAGCUGAUGUCGCUCACCUACGACGACGUGGGGCACCUCAUCUACGCGCAGGUGUACCGCCACAAGUACUACGUGGCCACGGACCAGAGCGGCACGCCCCUGAUGCUCUUCAACCAGUACGGCGAGGGCAUCCGCGAGAUCAUGCGCUCGCCUUUCGGCCACAUCGUCUACGACUCGAACCCAUAUCUGUAUCUCCCGAUCGACUUCUGCGGCGGCAUCCUGGACCAGGUGACCACCCUGGUGCACAUGGGCGACGGCCGGGUCUACGACCCGCUGAUUGGACAGUGGAUGUCGCCGGACUGGCAGCGCGUGGCCGAGCGCAUUAUCACGCCCACGCGACUCCACCUGUACCGGUUCAACGGCAACGACCCCAUCAACGUGGGCCACGAGCGCCACUACCCGCAGGACUUUGCCAGCUGGAUGCGAACCCUUGGGUACAAUGUGGGCAACCUGGUGCCGCAGCUGGCACGCGACCUCUGGCAGUCGCCGGCCCUUUGGGGACGUCCGCCCGCCAACCCCAUUGCCCUGAACAUGCGCCGACCCUUCGACAAUAUCCCCACCAUGGCCGUGGAGAGCGGAUUCCUCGCCCACCUCAAUGUGCGCCGGAUGUCCGACUUCGAGCAGCUUUCGGCCCCGCCGCGGUCCGCCCUCAAGUGCGACGUAAUGGACCCCUCGCCGCGCAUCAUCGGCUCCGACACGGAACCUCCCUUCGGCAAGGGCAUCGUCAUCUCCCGGACGGCGGACGGGCAGGCCAUCGUGUCCAGCGUACCGGCGGCCAAUGCGAUCUAUCGGGACGUGUACACGAGCGUGUUCAACCGCUCGAAGCUGCUGCCCUUCACCUUCGUCGUGCACAACGCCCAGCAGGACUCGUUCUUCUUCGUCAAGGAGGAUGCGUGGCGUGCCAGCGAGGACCGGCAACAGCUCAAGCGGCUGCAGGGGCAAGUGAACACCACCUUCCACGAGAUCACGCGCGAGGCUGCACCGGCCGGGACGUCUGGCUCCAGUGGCUCCGGUGGCUCCUCAUCGUCGGCGGUCUCCGCUGCCGGCACCUCGGGCGGCAACUAUCUCGACGUGAAGAUCCAUGGAGCGCACGCAAUCAUCAAUUUGCGGUACGGCACCACCGUCGCCAAGGAGCAGCAGCGCCUGAUGCACCACGCCAAGCUCACCGCCGUCCGCAAAGCCUGGCAUCGGGAGAAGGAGGCCCUGCGCAGCGGUCUGACCACCGCCCUAGAGUGGACCCAGCAGGAGAGCGACGAGAUCCUCAAGCAGAGCUAUGCCAACAACUACGAGGGUGAGUACAUCCACGACGUGGCCCUCUACCCGGAGCUCGCCGAGGAUCCGUACAACAUCAAGUUCGUGAAGAAAAAGGGCGCCACCGGCGGCGCUGCCGGGGUGCCCAAUGCCCGGCGCAGACGCCGGCGCUCCCCGGACCGCGAUAUCGACGAGGAUGCGACGGCCGAGGAGGCCGUUGCCUGUUAGCUCUUGGACGAUGCCCCGAUCUCGGAGAUGCGAUUACCAUCCACCCAGCAGCUCUACUAAGAAGAAAGAGAGUGCCGUAACGGCUUACGGCGCAGGAAGCAUAAUUAUUUAUAUAUAUAUAUAUAGGACUAAAUGUAUGUUAUCGAACAGUUAUUUGAUGUCAAGGAACAUAUAUAUACGGAUUUUUUUUAUCGUUAGGAACUAGAGAGGUGCGACAAAAAAUGCAUAUAAGUAGGGACUCGGAUCCCAUGUAGAUGUCAUGGAUCUCAUGGCAGAUGCAUACAUAAUCCGAAGUAGAGGUAUACCCGUACUCGUCUAUGUGUGUGUGUCAUCGGCUAUAUCUAGACAGAUGCAGAUACAGAUAAUGAUACCGAUACCGAUACCGAUACCGAUACCGAUACCGAUACACUGAUACACCGAUAUCGAUAUCGAUACAGUUAUAGAUACUACCUAGAAGCAUACAUAGAUAUACAUACAUAUAUGCUAUAUAGCAUAGUGCAGUAGUCAUAUAAACAGCCCAGAAAAUCAACCUAAAACACAUACAUAACCAUAUACAUAUGUACAUGCAUACUCAGAAACAAUAAGGCGUGGCAAGGGGCGUCAGAUGAUUGGGUAAUAGUAAAAGAGUAGAACAGUAGAAGAGUAGAUGGGAUACAGGGGAAUGCAGUAGGCAAGGAGGGAAUCUUUUUUUCGUGGUACUCGAGCUUUUUGAGACUGGCAUAGUUUUAAACGAAUCACAAAGCGCGCGGAUACGAACACACAGAAACAGACACUCGAACAGACAGACAGACGAAUAUCCGACGGAGUGGGCCCAGAAGGAUAUUCAUAGCCAGGACCAUCAGCCAUCUUAAAUGUAUAUAGAAAAUAUAUGGCAAUGGGAAUGAAUAUGAUAUAUGAGAAGCGGAAUAGAAUUAGCAACAGAUGGAGCCCUGGCACGCCGUCUAGGCCACACCACAAGCCACACACAUAAACGACUACAUUUGGCGACACAAUUGGGGGCCUGUGGGAGAUUUUUGCUUAGCGAAAGCGUUCUCUCAUUUGCUUGGCACAGUGUCUCAGCUUCGGAACAAACAGAAACGGAAAUCUAUUCAAAAAAAUGCAGCAAAAAAUAUUUAUUAUUAAAAAAGAAACAACAAAAUUUAGCUUAUAGGAAAAGGAAAAGAUUUUUUUUUUUUUAAUUAUGCAUAAAGAUAGAUAUAAACACACAAAAAUAUAUAUAGGUAUAAAUAUAUAUAUAUAUAUAUAUACAUUUAUAUAUAUAGAAAUGGAUAUGUAUGAAUAGAAACCUAUAGAUGUAAAUUCCUGAUAGAUAAGCUUAAGUUUUUGUCCUAACUAAUUUAUUCACUAUUAUUGCUCGCAGCGGCGGCAAAGAAGGAACAUCCACGAUCCAAAAAACAACCACAACUCGUCUAAGAUCGAAAUAAGUCUAAUGAUACACAUAUACAUAUAUAUAUAUAUAUAUAUACUGCUAUUAUCGUAUGGAAUGUGAAAUGUUAUGUUAUUAUUUAUAAGUUUGCUUUUCGAACCCAGCUGAAUGCGACCCAAAAUAGAACCCACACAUGAAAAAGAAUCGAUCUAAAUAAAGCUUGAAACAGUAUUAAAACAGAACAACAACAAACACAAUAAACCAAAAUUAUGCAGGAUUAAAGAGGCCGAAUAAAUACGGAAAUCUCCAAUCGGAAAGAUCAUUUCAAAAGAUCAGUUUCCGUCCAAAAUCAGAUGCAGAUACAGAUUCAGAUUCAGAUACUGAUACAGAUUCGGACUAUGAUCGAGAAUGAGAUGCAAAGUUAGCCCCCAAUUCAAGCAGACAUAUUGGCUAGAUAUAGCCUCUCUCUCUCUCUCUCUCUCUCACUUUCAGAUAUUAAUUAAUAAAUUUAUUAACAAAACAAUUAUUACUGAUUUUCACUCGAAUCGCUUGAAAGCCCUAACAUUUUUGUUCGUUUUUUUUCCAUGAAUUGGUGCUUAUCGAAUUUAUUGCAAAAACUAUAUGAAUAUAUACAUAUAGAUGUAGCUGUUAAAGUGCAUGUGCAUAAAUAAGUUGGUCGAUUCCUUGCCUCCUAGACAUUAGCCGGAAGGGCACCUAUGAGAAUGAGAAUGAGAGUGGACUCUUAGGAGAAAUCCAAUCCCCAAAGGAGAAACCAAACAGAAAGAAUUGCUGAAUUAAGUAGUUGCAAAGAAAUGAAAUCUUUAAGACAAAACACCGACUCAAAACCCAAAAACACACACAAAAUGAGGCCAAAACGAUCGAUCAAUUUAAGGAAGAGUAUGCUGUACGCAGAGAAUGCCCGCUUGUGGAGAGUCCGCAUCUGUGGGAUAGCGUUAUAUCAAAAAAAAAGAAAUAAAAAAAAAACGAAAAAAAAAAGUAGAAGAGAAGAGAAAUGAAAUGAAACGAAUUACAGUUGCUGGAGUAUCUGUGUAUAUACAUUAAGGCUAAUCAAGGUAAACUAGUGUUAUAUCGUAUAUAGCACCAUGCAUCGUAAUCUUAAUACAUAUAUAAAAUAUAAAGGAUAUGAUAUAUAUAGUAUAUGAACAGAUAUCUGUAUGCAUAAGUGUAUACAACAUAUUUUUUUGCUUCUUUUCUCCAUCGUUGUUGCGCCUAACUAGAUGUAAAAUAAACGAUACAGAGCAAACGGAUAUAAUAUAUGAUGAUACGGAGAUGUAAGAGUAUUGCGUAAGGUAUACACAAUACAUAUACAUAUAUAUACUUAUGUAUUUUAGAUAUGUAUGUGCGUGUGUGGAUAUGUAGGUGCAUGAAUGUCAUACGAUAUGGGGGUAGCACUCCACUCCGUGCGAGUGUGCGAGUACUCCUCUCCUCUCGUUUCUGAUUUGUGUUUCGUUUCCGUUUCGUUGAUUGGCAAACCAAAACCAUUUGAAAAAAGAGCAGGAGUCAGUUACCUAUUAGAAUUUGGCAAGCAUAUAGGAAAAGGAAAAGAAACGAAAAGAAAACAAAACAAAACAAAACAAAACAAAACAAAACAAAAGAAAAUAAAACAAAACUUAAAUUGCUUCAAAAGCAAACAAAAAAAGAAAAACCAAUGGCACACUAAAAUUAAUAUUAUGGAUUGCCGAAAACUAAGGAGAAAAUGGCUUGGAGAAUGGGGAAUAGAUAAUAGAAAAACCCACAGAGAAAAUAAAAGUGCAGAAGCUGCGGACGGAACAACCAAUAUGUAUGUGUAAAUAUCUCGAGAGAAAAAGCAAGUAUUUUAGUGUACGAGUAUUUAUGUUAGAGCUACACGAAAACAAAA